GGAAGUAAUCUCUCGCACGAGGAUACGGUCGGUGGAACGUGCACUCCACCAGUGACAGAAGUUAUUUUACUUCGUGUCACGGCUAUGUAGUAAUAUACAACGCAAUUAGAUGCAAUUACUAGAUGCAAUUUUUUAGCCAUACAAGGCAGAUUUAAGCCAUUAUGCUACAAGAAGUAGUUUCGUGGAACAGACUCACGAAUAUAGGUGACGACACACGAACUAUCACGUUGCCAAAUCGAAACAGGUGAUUUAGAACGUGUUUACAUUUUGUUUUUGCACAUUAAACAAACAGUCAGUAAGAUCAGUAGUGCUAUACGUUAAUUCAUGUAGCAAUAACGUAUAUCUUUACGGUAGUAUGCUGUAUCACAUACAACAUGUACAAUAUGAUUCAUCUCACUGUCUACUGACCGCAAUAUACAAAAGGCUUGUACAUUGCAAUGGCCAAUACAUUAUUUGACCAGCUGAAGACUGAAAACGUCUUUGAGGAUAAGACAUGUGGAUGACCAACUUCUUUAUUACAAUUAGGAGCGACGUUUUUGGUGAAGGUUCUAACACCGUUAACAAGCAAGUAAAGUGCAGAGUAUGCUUGAGGAGCAUACAGUAGUAUACAAGUUUGAGGUACCUUUUGCUUACCAUGAACCCAUCAAAGAUUACAGUCGUAAUCCUCUUGUUUGAACUACUGGCUUCGCCUGUAAGGACUUUUUUUUACCGUAUUUCACAUGUCUUGUGUACGUAACAGGCCUCUCCACUCUACUGUAACCACACCCCAAUCUAAUCAACUGUAUAACCUCUACCUCAUACAUGUAGAUACGCUUCUCACCCAUACUCUGUACUUCAUUGGUACCACUUCACUUGCUUGCUAACGAUGUUAGAACCUAGACCGAAACGUCGCCCCAUAAUGUAAUAAAGAGUGAGUGAGUAUGGUUUUACCCCGCUUUUAGCAAUACCACGGCGGGGGACACCAGAAAUGGGCUUCACACAUUGUACCCAUGUCGGGAAUCGAACCCGGGUCUUCGGCGUGACGAGCGAACGCUGUAAUAAAAAACGUACUUUCAUUGACAGCGUCUUUCGUACAUCAUGUAUAGAAAGAAACUUGCUAGCAUUUUGUGUCCGUUUUCCAUAGCGUUAAUUUUAUGGAACUUGACAUCACUGCCGAAAAGACAAGCGUAAGAGUACAGCCCAAUUAGCACGCUUACAUUAACAUGAUUAAUUCGUUUAACUAAACCAGUCUGAGCGGUCUUCACGUGCUGACAUGUCAAUUCGCUCGAGACUCAUUGUUUUAAGCCAGACAGCUCAAGACACGUUCCUUAAUGCGAGUAUUCAACAAACAGCUCACUCCAAGCUGAAGUCGUAAUUAAGUGCCCGUGCUGAGACAAGGAUCUUUAUAAGGACAGCAACAACUGCUCAAGUCAUUCACUUCAGUUUAAAGUUUUAAAGGACCGUUUUAUAUUACUUUAGUUAAAAUGAAUGUUACUUCUGUUUUAUUGAUACUUAUUUGCGUGGGUUUCACUUCCUCUCAUCAACAUGGCCCCCCCGGUGGGAGACGAAGAAGCGGCGGAAGAAAAGACAGACGUUAUGGGAUGAAAUUCGGGAGACUACAGCGCGAGCACGGCAGCGCGGGGGGCUUGUACAACUGGACUCGUCAAGUCACUGAGGACGUCACGGUUACGGAGAGAGCGUAUGUCAUCAGAGCGACCAAAACAAUUUAUCUCAAGUCAAAGGACAGAUUGCUAGAAAACGUCAAUAUACAGGGAUCUUCCUCGGUGUACGACUACAAGAAUGUAAACAAUAAGCAGGCUGCCGUGAAGCUCCGACUGAACGGGGGGAAGUUUUGUUUCCUCAUCCCGGGGUCCAUCUUCCAUCAUGGGUUUAAGUUUUCGGUCCAUGACAUCACGAGGCGAAAUGUGGUCUCGCCUACAGUGAAGGUUGAAGAUUUCAUCAUGACUGGAGUCGGUCCGAUGACGCGCCAGGAUGUCAAGACACUCAGUACCACGCACCCGACAUUGUCGAAGUUCUGUAGUCGCUCUCGCGACGAUCGCGUUGUUGACAUUGUAGACGCAAGGACUGUGGUGCAUGCGGACACAGAUCUUACCGGAGCUGUUCCAAUAACGGUGCUGACGCUCGGAGGCAAGGUCACCAUCUACAUCAAGCCGUCACUUAACAUUGACUGAUCCCACAACUCAUCCCGAACAUGGGUUAUCCCCCUUUGUAACGUCAUUUCUCCCCACAAUAUAGCAAAACAGUAAAAUAGAUUCGUUGUUUUCAAGUAUCGACAUCUUCUGCUGAUGUCUAGCAUCUGUAGAUUUCUGAUGCAAAAUGGAAGUUUUACCCAAAAAGAAAUCUACAUAUGUGAUAAUAUAAGUUGACAUACAAGCUGUUAUUUCCUGAAUGUAUUUUAUAUGCAUUGUCCAGAUUUUAUAUUGAAACCUGUCAGAUAUAUAUUUUACGUUAUAUUUUGAUAAAUCAUAUUCACGUACUGGUA